GGUUGAGGAUGUAUUUUUAAUGGCACGGCAUGGUUUAUGCACGUUUCACAUAAUGCAGAAUGCCAUCAAACAUUUAUCUUGUCAUAAGAAGGAGGAGGAGGAGGCGGAGGAGGAGGUUGAAGGGGAGGGGGAGGGGGAGGAGGAGGAGGAGGAGGAUGAACCACAUAUUCUUGCAGACUUCAGUGCUUGCAUGUAUGAGUACCGAGACAAGGAAACAUUUGAGGAAGCUUUUGACACCAUGCGAGGUAAAAUAGAAAAACAAACUUGGCUUGAUAGCAUCUAUAAGGUAAAAGAGAAGUGGGAUGAAUGUUUUAUGAUGGAUGCUUUCACCUUGGGAAUGCGAAGCACACAACUAAGUGAGAGCCUAAAUAAUGACCUCAAGAACCACUUAAAAGCAGAUCUUGACAUUCUUCGUUUUUUCAAACAUUUUGAAAGGGCCGUGCAAGUGAAACGUGAUGCUGAGUUGAAUUCAGAGUAUGAGUCUAGGGAGUUAUUACCUAGGGUCAAAAUGAAUGUUCCCAUGUUAAUCCAGGCAAGCAAGGUCUACAGUCCUAUCAUAUUUGAAAGUUUUCAAGCAGAAUUUGAGAGAUCCAUUGCAUCAUUCACCAAACAACUAGAUGUGGGCUAUGAAUUUGCCAUAACAAUCAGCUCCGAAGAUGAAUGCAAAGUUAUUGGGAAUCCUUUUGAACAAACAGCUUCCUGCAGCUGUGGCCAGUUUGAGAGAAUCGGUAUAUUGUGUGCCCAUGCUAUAAAAGUUCUUGAUUUGAUGAACAUUAAGUUAUUGCCAGAACAUUAUAUUCUGAAGAGAUGGACUAGAGAAGCACGGUGUGGAACUAUUCAGGACAGAAGUGGGAGGAAUGUUGUUGAGAACCCAAUGUUCGAUAUUGAUCAGCGCUACAAAUCUCUCAAUCGCAAGUUUAUGAAUUUGGCCACCCAAGUAGCUCCCUCCGAAGAAUGUUGUACUCUGCUUGAAAGUGCACUUGAUAGCCUUACUAAGGAAUUUCUAGGCCGAAUGAAAAAUGCCCAUCAAAGUAACCACAUGGAGGGAUGUUCCACCCAAGUGGUACAUGAAGAAUCAAAUGAGCACUUAGCUGCUGCACGCCUAAAGAAAAAAUCUCCUAAGAAGAAAACUAGAAAGAGAAAGUUGAACUGGAUUGACAAGCAACAUAAGAACAAGAAGAAAGGGGCUCCAAAGAAAGGACAAACUGAAGUAAAGAGAGCAAAGAAAUUACCUAAGUUUCAGCAAAGAGAAGAUGGGAUUGGACCAUCACAAUCGCACACCAUAGAAAACAAUGAGUAUUGGAGCAACCAGAAUGUGACCGGGAGUAAUUGUUUCACAGAUAAUUAUAUUGCACCUAGUUUUACCGAUUUGGUGACGACUUCUAGAGUCGAAGACAUUGAAGCCCUUUGCCGUGACGACUUCUUUUGAUAAUUAAAGGAAGUGCUCUCUUCAUUUGGAUGCAGUGAAAAGUCCAUUUAGCAGUAGUUCUGUGAAAUGCACUCAUGUGAUGUGGCUUCUCAGUGUUAUGGUAUUUUGGGGAUUUAUAUAAGUAGUAAUAGUACUCUGUUGGUGCUUGAGUUUCAA